AAACUCUGUUCUCGCUCUCGCGGUAGCUCCGUGCCUCCACUGGCGGCGACAUUCGGAGAGGAGAUGGCGGCCAGAGGGGGGUUUCAGUCGGCACCGACAGGAGGUGGUGGUGGAGCAAUGGGACCUGGGCCACCGGUACCGGGCGCAGGACCAGGCAUGGGCCCCGGGACUCCUUCUGGAAGGAUGGUACCGUCGUCGGCCGCGCAGAACCACAUGUACCGCUCCCCGAUGCCCGGGCCCGGGUACCCGAGACCAGGCAUGCCUCCAUCCAGCCGCAUGACCCCACAGGGACCAGCGAUGGGCCCCCCAGGAUACGGCAACAGCCCAGUGUCGCGCCCUGUGAUGCCUGGCGUGAUGGACCCGUCUCGCAAGAGGCCCGCCCCCCAACAGAUCCAGCAGGUUCAGCAGCAGAACCGCAACCAGCACACAAAGAAGAAGAAGAUGGCUGAUAAAAUUCUACCUCAGAGGAUCAGGGAACUGGUCCCAGAGUCUCAAGCUUACAUGGAUCUUCUGGCUUUUGAGAGGAAGCUAGAUCAAACCAUCAUGCGCAAGAGGCUGGACAUUCAGGAGGCCCUCAAGAGGCCCAUUAAGCAAAAGAGAAAGCUUCGGAUCUUUAUAUCAAACACCUUCAACCCCGCAAAGCCAGAUGCUGAGGAUGGAGAAGGCACCGUUGCAUCAUGGGAGCUACGUGUUGAGGGACGUCUGCUGGAAGAUACGGCUGUGUCCAAGUAUGAAGCCACCAAACAGAAGAGGAAGUUCUCCUCUUUCUUCAAGUCUCUGGUGAUCGAGUUGGACAAAGACCUGUAUGGUCCAGAUAAUCACCUUGUGGAAUGGCACAGGACUGCCACCACUCAGGAGACUGAUGGCUUUCAGGUGAAGAGGCCUGGUGAUGUGGGUGUUCGCUGCACCGUCCUGCUCAUGCUCGACUACCAGCCCCCUCAGUUCAAGCUGGACCCCCGGCUGGCUCGUAUGCUGGGUAUCCACACCCAGACUAGACCCGUCAUCAUUCAGGCCCUGUGGCAGUACGUCAAGACCCACAAACUCCAAGACCCUCACGAGCGGGAGUUCAUAAACUGUGACAAAUACCUGCAGCAGAUCUUUGAGACUCAGCGGAUGAAGUUCUCCGAGAUCCCACAGCGCUUGCAUGCUCUCCUGAUGCCCCCUGAACCAAUCAUCAUCAACCAUGUGAUCAGUGUGGACCCUAAUGACCAAAAGAAGACUGCUUGUUAUGACAUUGACGUGGAGGUGGAUGACACGCUAAAGACUCAGAUGAACUCUUUCCUGCUCUCCACAGCCAGUCAGCAGGAAAUAGCAGGACUGGACAACAAGAUCCAUGAAACCAUUGAGACCAUUAACCAGCUGAAGACCCAGAGAGAGUUCAUGUUGAGUUUUGCCAGAGAUCCUCAGGGCUUUAUCAAUGACUGGCUGCAGUCCCAGUGCAGAGACCUCAAGACCAUGACAGAUGUGGUAGGAAACCCAGAAGAAGAGCGAAGAGCAGAGUUUUACUACCAACCGUGGGCUCAGGAGGCGGUCUGCCGCUACUUCUACUCCAAGGUCCAGCAGAGGCGACAGGAGCUGGAGACGGCGCUCGGCAUCAGGAACACCUAAAGAAAAGUAGCCACAGGCAGCGAAUACGGAAACAUGCUGUGCUGUCGGGAGACGACGGAGUGUGGCACGUUCAAAAUGAAUUCCUCCCAGAGUUGUCUGACAAACUUAGAGACAUAGAUACUAGAUGGCUUUACCGUUUAUAUAUAGGAUGUCCUUUUUUGUUUUAUUUUAACCCUGCAGCUUGACUACUGUUGCAGUUUGGUUGCUACUUUCACAAAGUAUAUUUUGUUUAUUCUCCUCACACCAGAGCUCCCUGAGCACAAUGUAUUUUUGCUUGCAUGUCUAAUCCUUACCUGGAAGCAUUCCUUUCAUUUUGGUACGUGUGCCCAUACAAAAGUACAGAUUGUACACAAAUAACAAAGCAGAGGGCAGCUUUUAAUGUAUUUUGUCCCUGAAUAUAAAAUAUCUAAAAUCAGCUGGAAUGUGUUGAGUAACUUGUAGAAGCUGGGUCUUCCGGUCGUCUGGGUUGUAUCCGAAGCGGCAGUAUUUCUCAAAGCUUCGGCUUGGGAUCGUCGUCUCGUCAUGGGCAGGGUGGAUGUCGCCGCCUUAAACCCGCCAGGAAGUGCCGAGGGUAACUUUUGUCUCAACAAUUGGAUGCAGCUUUCGGGGGAGGCAAAAGAGAUUUAGAAGCUGGUUGCCUCAGGAAUGUUUUUCUUUGUUCCCCUUUUUGGAAAGUAAAUUUACAUUUUACACUCCCAACACAGCCCCUGGAUCCUUGCCCAAUAAGUUAGAUAUUAAUUGUGAUUGUGUUUGUAAUCCAUCAGGCUACUUUGCUGCACAUUGGCUGUUCGUGUGUCACUUUGUCUUAAGCUCUCAUUGGUUUGUUUUGACAGUUUGUGCCUCGUUCUGGUGUACGAGAACAGUCUAAAAGCUCAAUCAUGGCAGAAUAUAAAUCUUUUAUUAAGGGUGCCAUUUAGUAUGAAGUUUUCCUUUUCCUUUAUUUUUUUUUUGUUUAAAUGAUUCUUGUUUUUAAAAUGUGUAUUAAAUCAGUACUUGUCUUGUUAGCUAGUACGGAUUAUCAAGGAAGUAGCUAGUAUGAGUACCUCUAGUCUAUAUAGUUUUGUAAAUACUGAGCAUAAAAAAACUGAAGAUGGAUGUGAAGUAAAAUUGUAUCUCUUAUCCUCACAGAUGUUUUUCUUAACUCUUUGUCUACGCUCAGAUAGUUGACCAGUAUUUAUAUUAUUAAUCAGCCCUCGCUGUCAGAGCGCAGUGAUUUGGCUCUCAACAUAAAGACGGCAGUUGCAUUUGGAGAAUCACUGCUGCACUGGAUGAAAUGUACACAGCAUUCAUGUUUGCAAGCUGGGAAAGUUAAAUCUUCUGCUUUUUAGUUUAUUGUAUUUUUAAUUCUGUGCAGAGAAGCCAUAAACGACAAGAUUUAAAAAAGCCGUAGCUUCUUCUUACACUGAAGACCUGACACCUUGUUGAGUUUAAUGGUUGUUUCCCUGUUGAAGGUAGAGAUAAGUGUCCUGGCUGAAACUUAAGCGUGUGUGCAUUUAAUUAACAAACUCCAAGAAUACACUAAUGUGGGUUUGGGCAGGUACAUGAUUUGAAAUGAGUGGUGGAACCUCUGGGUCGUAAAACACAAUACUGACUGUAUUUGAAUCUGCAGACUUUUUCAUGGACCAAACCUAUUUUUCUGUAUGUUAUGUUAUAAUAAAGGAUAUGUAAAAUAUAA